AUGCCAACCAUUCAACCACCAACAAUAACAAGUCCGGCUGUAAGCCAAACAAGUCAAGCAAGCGGGUUAAGCAGUUCAGUUACUUUAGACGAUAUAAUUGCUUCAGCACGGCGCAAAAUCAGUGAUGAAUAUAAAGAAAUUAGACUACCUUCACCUGAGUUUGUUGAAGACGAUAAUACACUUUGGGAUAAAAAAGCAGCAAAAAAGCAAUUGCUCUUCCAGGGAAGUUCUUUGGAUAUUCCAACUAUGGAGAGUAACGGAAUGGAAAUAUUGAAUAGAAAUCACUAUGAUGAUCAGGAUUCUGAAGCAGAAUUGAUGAUGAUACAACAAAAGCCACCCAACUUUAUUGUAGAUGAGGAAGCUGAGGAUUUUGAGGACAUAAUAGAUGCUAGCAAACCACCAGAAGAUGCUUUUAGUAACCCAAUUUUACUUCGAGAUUCUGAUCCUUUAACAACACACAAAAAACGUCGACAUUACCGAAUGCCCCAACGACAACAAAGUUUAAGUCGAAUCCAGCUUGGGGGUGGGGGACAAUUAAGUCAAAGUAGCACACCUUCUGGGCAUCGUACUGAAUUUGAAGAUACUGCUGAUAAUUCUUCUAUAGGUGCUAAUAAUUUUUGUUAA